UAUUCCAGCAGAAUUUCAGUAAAGUUUCUAUCAAUUUACAACAAAAUAUAAAAAUAACCACCACCUCCUUUACCACCACCUCCAAAUCCUCCGUAUCCUCCGCCACCUCCUCCUAUAUCAAUUCCACCAUAACCACCUCCACCUCCUCCUUUACCACCACCGCCGAAACCACCUCCCAUUCCUCCAUGCCCUCCAAGUCCAAUUCCACCCCGCCACCUCCGCCUCCUUUUCCACCGCUGCUACUUCCAUAA